GAGAUCAAAGUCUUGGGUUAUAAGCCUGCGCGCUGGCAGUGCAUGAACGGCCGAUCCUUCCGCCUCUCUUCCAUUCUCCGGCGUACCCACCGAGUUUCCUGUCCACCAGCCGCACCCGUGGACAUCGUCGCCCUCUUCGCCCCACUACUUCGCUUAUCCGUAUGCGAAGUGUAGAGUAUCACUAGAGGAUCGGCACCCGUGACGUGAACUGUUGCCCAGCCUUCAACUUUUCGAACUUUUCGAACUUAUGAAAGCAACACGACGUGUUCUCGGAAUGAGGCAGCCGAUGGGCACUGGUAACAAUACGGAGGGCCGUCAGGCAUCUUUUGGAUAUUCGUCGAGCGCAAGAGACCCUGCCCAGAUGAAGAUUCACCUUGGAAGCUCUGUGUGGCCCUCUACACUCGCCAGACUACUCUCGGCCACGAUCUUGUGCGCCUUCUGGAUUCCCGCAUCCGAUCCCAUCCCUCGCAUAUCAGCUCUCGGUAACACUGUUCUCAGUGAGAUACCGUCAGGGCCGAUUGGAGCUGCCCGCUGGUGCCGCUAUCUGUUCACCUCGAGUUCCGCUCAUUUCUUCAUGUCGGCAAUUCUCUGCAUUUACGCAAAGUUUCGGCAGCAUGCGUCGGACGUUGGCUUACUCGCCUUUGAAUUAUUCCAGCUCGCUGAUCUCCUCUUGGUUUGUAGCCUGACGGUAUUCACUUGGGCACUCGGCUAUGUUGUAGUCACCGCUGUGACAGUUUUCGUCAUGGCCUUGCUACUCCUGGUCACCAUCCGUGCGUCCCUGCUCACGGUGUAAGAGCUGCCCGUUGUACUAGGCCUGUUCCUCGCAGAUUCGAGACUUAAGGCUUCAGGGCUUGUACCACACACGGCUUCACUCCCUAAUUCUUGUCGUCUCACUUCCGUUCCCUCUCUCUAGCCUCCCAUUACCACCUGUAUC